AGCCACCCCGGCGGCCACGCAGCCCGACUCACGCCGGCCGCCGUGCUCCCCUCGCCCACCAUGGCGGUGAGCAACAACAUCACGGCGUGCGUGACCCUCAUGGCGCUGAUCUGCGCAGUGCCGGUCAUCGCCUCGGGCAUCUGGUUCGCGUCGGCGCAGGGGGAGGAGUGCGCGCGCCUGGCCCGGUGGCCCGUCGCCAUCCUGGGCGGGCUCCUCCUCCUGGCCGCCCUGGCCGGGUUCGUCGGCGCCUACUGGAACCGCAGGCGCCUCCUCGCCUUCUACCUCUUCGCCAUGGCCGCGCUCAUCGUGCUCCUCAUCGUGCUGCUCGUCUUCGCCUUCGCCGUCACGCGCGGGUCCGGGGCCUACCCGGUGCUGGGCCGCGCCUACGACGACUACCACCUCGACGGCUUCUCCAUGUGGCUGCGCGGCUACGUCUCCGACGACCCCGGGCGGUGGGAGAAGAUCAAGGCAUGCCUCGCCGUCUCCGACACCUGCAAGAAGCUCGCGCGGCAGGGCGGCGAGGGCGCCUUCGUCACCGCCGACCAGUUCUACCAGUCACAUCUCUCACCGCUCCAGUCGGGUUGCUGCAAGCCGCCGUCGAUGUGCGGGUUCAGCUACGUGAGUCCGACGGUGUGGACGAACCCGGCGCGGCCGGCGGCGGACCCGGACUGCGGCCUGUGGAGCAACGACCCGGGGCAGCUCUGCUACGACUGCGAGUCCUGCAAGGCGGGCCUCCUCGGCGCGCUGCGUGACCAGUGGCACAAGGCCAACAUCGCGCUCGUCGUCGCCACCGUCUCGCUCGUCUUCCUCUACCUCGUCGGCUGCAGCGCCUACAAGAACGCGCAGGCCGAGGCCAUCUUCCGGCGCUACAAGUGGUGACCGCCCGGCGGCGAAACUACCAAGGGGGCGCUAGAUUUAGCUCAGAUUUGCUAAAAAAAAUUACCGGUGCACGCGCCUCGUCGAAACGCCCCCUAAGAUGUUAUUAUGCUAUGUGAAUUGUGCUCUGGCAAGGCAGUGAUUAUGUAUGUGCUUUCAGACUUUGCUUGCGGGAGUUCUUCUUGGUUAAGGUAGAGUUGAUUAUCAGGUUGUGGAUGAGGUUUUCAUCAUUGACAAUGACUGCAGAAGUGGCCAAGUGAGAUGUAUGAAUGAUUUUCCUUUUCUUUUCCAGCUAAGCGCUCUGUUCUUGGUC